ACUCUCUAUGGUUUUGGAAGGCACCUUUGCCUCUAUUUUGACUUCUUUGAUAAGUCGUUAUGCUAACGCUAGAGGAAGUGACGUUGGUUUGGGUAUCCGAGGAGGUUAUCUAUCCCUGGAAAAUGUUGAUUUGAAAAUAGACGUACUCAACGAUGCGAAUCUUCCCUUUUGUAUAACUUCUGGUCGUUUGGGGAAGCUAAAGGCACAAAUUCCCUGGUAUGCACUAGGUUCCAAGCCAGUGGAAAUUUAUGGAGAAAAUCUAUACAUAACAGCAAAACCUCACUCUAUGGACAAAGAAAGCAAAUCAAAUGAAGAGUGUAAUGUAGUCGAAAAUCCCAAAGGUACCCAAGUAGAAAAACUGAAAAGUUCGGAACUCGUAGGUGCUGAUGAAGUAGACGAAGAAACAACCAAGUGGUACACUACAAAACUAGGAAGACUUGGAGCAAAUGUCUUUUUAGAACUCUACAAUAUAUGUUUUACCUAUCAAGAUAACGACUGCGAAGUCUGCAUUCGAGUAGCUUCCGUAAUAACGUUUUCAGCUGACGCAAACUGGAAUAUGAGUAGCCAUCCAGUCAUGGACGCUUCUUAUGGAAGUCCGUUUCUGUUUCGAAAAGUAUUUCGUGUUUCCGGUCUUUCAAUCACUUCGCAAAGCAGAGUCAAGUUAUCAACAGAACGUGUUCCACUUGUUGAUGGACUGAACUUUGAAAUUCGUCUUGCACUUUCAACAACUAGCCAGUUAAAGUCACCUUCGCUCACUGAUAUAGAAGUAGAAUUGGAUGAGUUCUUUCUAACUUAUAGCGAUAGACAGUUGGCAUUUCUGAAGCGAGUAUUUUCUCAAGAUGUGCAAGAUCCACAGGUCACUUCGGAUAUAGGUACCAAUACACUGAUAGAAAGUGUUGUAAAGAAUGCAAUAGAGUCAUCAAAUAUCAACGACACAGAAAGUGCCAAUGAAGAUGACAGUUCUUGUGCAAGUAGUGGUUGGUUAUUUCAUGUUUGGAAUGCCAUUGUUGGUGAAUCUGCUGUGGAAGAUGAUACUGCAGAUAUACUUGGUGUGAAUAUAUUGGAUAAGAAUACAAAAGAGGACUUUGAAAAGGCUUCUGUAGCAGUUGAGAAGGCUCGAGAUGCUGGAGGUAGAAUUUAUUCUUUUCGAAUACGAACUGAAGAUAGACGAGCCAGACAAGAGAAUGACAAGUUGAGAAAGCAGUUGGAAGAGGCAAGAGCAGAAAUAGAGCAACUGAAAUUAUAUAAGCAAAAGUCCGAGGAAUACGAAAAGGCACUAGAUGAAGACAAGGAACAGAUAAAGUAUUUGAAGGAAAAGAACCGAAUGCUGUUAAAUGAUGUAGACGAAAUGGAAAAGUUGUUUUCCGAGUCUUCCAGAAACAAAGACGCUGUUAUACGUGAAUUAGAAGCUGCGCUUUCUAAAGCAGAAAAGAAUUUAUCACAAGUUCAAAGUUCUGAUACAUCCGAAGAGUGGUUUGCACCUCGAGAUAUUCGUAAGAGAGAUAGUGGAAGAGGAUUAAAGCUUUUGUAAGUGUUUACUGCGUUUGUAGUAUUUGGAAGUAAGAGAGACAAUGACAACUUUUCCAUAAAAUAAUUUUAUUCUUC